CCUGCCGCUUUUCAAUUGGUGUUUGAGCGCUUUGUGACGUUAGCCUCGAACGUGCACAAGUCGUGGAGUGUGUCGGAACGGAUCUCCGUGGUGCCGUCCCUACCAAAAGCUCGGGGCGAGCAGUUGCACCGCGAUUUUCAGUCUGCGGGGACUGCUGACGCGACGAUCAAGCAUGAGUGGGUC